AAACCUAUUAUCAAACAUAUGUCCUACGCAUGCUACACUGUCUAAUUGUAAUGUACUUCUGCUAGGUUAUUCAAAUAUAUCAAACCUAUUUAGUAUAUGAUUAAUGUAAUUAUACUAUGCCUUUACCUGCUAAUGACCAUUUUUGUUUAUUUUCUUCCGACAGAACAAAAUGUAUUGGAUAGCAGAUGUCAAGCCUAAUGAAGAACCCAUACCACUACGAAUCAGAGUUAUCAAAAAGUGGAAAACACGCACUACUGAACAAGAUUUAUGCUAUCUGUUUGUAGACAGACAUGGAGAUGCUAUAGAGGCAGUAGCCGACCCAAGGAAAGAACAAUCUCUAGAUGACAAAAUGACAGUAAAUCUAUGCUACACUGUAACUGGAUAUGUUGCACUCCCAGCCAGAAAAUCCAGGAGGGUGGUCCAGCAUGAUGCAUCUGUACGUCUCGGCGACACAGCCCUCUUCGAACCUCUCUGUGACCCAGACAUCCCAUCCUACUUUUAUGAUUUUGCUACAUACGACAUCCUCCUGGCCAGAAAAUUAAAACCCAAAACAAUUAAGCGACUAUAUAGCAUACAACGACAACAUUCACAAAUUCAUAUUUUAGUAAUCACCACUAACAACAGGGCAAACAUAAUGGAAAUCACUUUUUGGGAUGAAUCCAUCUUCCCAUAUCAGAAAGAGGAAGCAGUUGGCAAGGUUCUAGCAGUUACUGCUACAUUGUUGGAAACUACAGAGGCAACAUCAGCGUUCCUCAACCCGCAAAUCCCAAAUUUACAAAGUAUAACUGACAGAUUCAAUCAGCUCAAACACCCAACAGAUGUGCAACAAAACCAACAAACCAUGUCCAUCCAUCAAAUAGUAAACAAGUUCAAAGAAGAUCCAAUGCAUAACAAGUUUACCUACACAGCAAAUGUCACAGAAAUCACAUUGCACCGAAAGUGGUACUAUGUUACAUGUCCGCGUUGUCCAAAAAAAUUAUUCCUACAAAAAGGAAUAAUCCCACGGUUUGUAUGUGAAGACGAUGGCUAUGUUCCUGAACCAAUUUUCAUGUAUUGUGUAAACACAACAAUUGCAGAUGAAAGUACAAAUGCAAAAGCUAUAUUCUUCAAUGAUGCCAUGACACAAAUGCUUGAAAAAAGUUGCCACGACAUGGUCAUCACACAUGGACAUUCAGACCCGGACAUAAUUCCUUCAGAAAUACUCGACAUACGAGGAAAAACUAUGGUCUUCGAUGUUGCUAUGAAGAAGGACGGAACAAUGGCAAUUAACAAGGCAAUACCACAAACGGCACUCGAACCGGUAACACCAAAUCCCAAGGCAACAGUAAAAAGACAUCCGCCAUCAUCACAGGCACUUGACAUGCCGCGUAAACAAAAGAAAUGUUAGAUACAGCUGUAUGGAUUUUGAUGCGUACCAAAGGAGGAAUUUUGACAACGACAAACAAGAGAUGGACCUGUGCUCCUCAAUCAUAGGAUAAGGCCAAAAGAAAAGAGGCAGCACCUUUUGUAUUUUGCAACUAUAUCCUAUAAUUGUAGUUAAUUGUCGUAUCGUUCGUACCUCCCGAAACUGCACGUAACUUUUUAAAUGUAUGAAUGUAUAUAACUUCUAUAUACUUCCUAUAUAAUUCUUUGCCCA